AGACUCAGAAGCUUAGGAGACUUGAAGAUUAGAUGGAGAGUGACCGAAGUUGGGUCUCCCUCUGUUUUCGAAGAUCCCCCAUUGAACAGAGAAGAUGACUGCAGAAUUGGAAAAGACCAUGGGCCGAGCCUCUUGGGGCCCAGUGAAGGUGGAAAAGGAAGAGGAUGAAGAUAGAAGUAUGAGUCCGGCAUCCAUUCAGCAAGUGUACUCUGAGAAUGCCAAGGGCCGGGGCCCAGGGGAAAGUCCUUACUUAAGCAUUGAUGUAUCAGAAGAGGAGGAAAAGGGUCAGAAAAUGUUCUGGGACAUGGCAGUGGUCCUAAAAGCAACACAGGAGGCUGCUGCUGCACCCCUUGGGAGCUACUCAUUACCAGGGACUCUGGCCAAGCGUGAAAUCCUGGAGCCUCAUGGGAACCCAACCCUCCUAGGUACUGACACCAAGAAGCUGCAGUUACUGGUUCCUAAAACAGAGACAGGCGAUGAAGCUGAAGAGUCCCUCGUGAUUUUAGGAAGAAUCCAGAAAGGUGAUCUUCAAGGACCUGAGCUAGGAGAAUCUUGUGAAAAGGGAAAUGUAUUAAAAAGGCAGAGAAUAAAGAAGGAAAAAAGAGAUACAAGAAAAGUCACAGUGAAAGACUGCCCAUUGUCUGAAAGCUUCAGAGAAGACGAAGACCAGAAGUCUAAGAAGUCUAGGAAGAAACACAGCCUUAGUUCCGGCCCAGCUAAAAAUCAGAAAAUGCAUCCUGGGCCAAAGCCUUUUACAUGCAAUGAGUGUGGGAAAGGCUUUAGUCAGAGUGCAAACCUCGUUGUACAUCAACGAAUCCACACAGGGGAGAAACCCUUCGAGUGUCACGAGUGUGGGAAGGCCUUCAUUCAGAGUGCAAACCUUGUUGUGCAUCAGAGGAUCCACACUGGACAGAAACCCUAUGUUUGUGCAAAAUGUGGGAAGGCUUUCACUCAGAGCUCCAAUCUGACUGUGCAUCAGAAAAUCCACUCUUUAGAAAAAACCUUUAAGUGUGGUGAAUGUGAGAAGGCCUUCAGUUACAGCUCACAACUUGCUCGGCACCAGAAAGUCCACAUAACUGAAAAGUGCUACGAAUGCAAUGAGUGUGGAAAAACAUUUACUAGAAGCUCUAACCUCAUUGUCCAUCAGAGGAUCCACACUGGGGAGAAGCCUUUCGCCUGUAACGAUUGUGGCAAAGCCUUUACCCAGAGUGCAAAUCUUAUUGUGCAUCAGCGAAGCCAUACUGGUGAGAAGCCAUAUGAGUGUAAGGAUUGUGGGAAAGCCUUUAGUUGUUUUUCCCACCUUAUUGUGCAUCAGAGAAUUCACACUGCAGAGAAACCUUAUGACUGUAGUGAAUGUGGAAAAGCCUUCAGUCAGCUCUCUUGCCUUAUUGUCCACCAGAGGAUUCACAGUGGAGAUCUCCCUUAUGUGUGUAAUGAGUGCGGGAAGGCCUUCACUUGUAGCUCAUACCUACUCAUCCAUCAAAGAAUCCAUAAUGGGGAGAAACCGUAUACGUGUAACGAAUGUGGUAAAGCCUUCAGACAGAGGUCCAGUCUCACUGUCCACCAGCGAACUCACACAGGAGAGAAACCCUAUGAAUGUGCAAAGUGUGGUGCAGCUUUCAUUUCUAACUCACACCUCAUGCGGCACCACAGAACCCAUCUUGUUGAGUAGCAAGGAGAGUAGUUGGCCAUAACCUACUGCUCCCAAAUAGUAGGCACCUCUGUUUAGUCUUCCUUUGUUAAAACAAAGCCUAUAUUCUUUAAAAUUAUUUUCUGUAAGGUAAAGUAAACACAAGCAUUUCGGAGGUGAAUUUAAAGAAAAUAAAACAUCUAAAAGCCAAGGAUGCAGCUUCUUUUUCUUAUGCACAUACUCACUGG